AUGCAAAAUUCAGACAAUUCAGAUGAAUAAUAUAGUGAUGAUCAAUAAGAGUCUCCAAGAUUUCUGUAUAACUUUAGAGAAUUAAAUCUACAGAACAAAAGUUUACUUGGAGAAAUAAGAAUCAUUUGUAGAAAUCUCAUUUAUGUGAUUGGUUUGGCUCCUACAAUAGCCAAAGAGGAAGUAUACUAUGUCAUUUUAUGCAAGUUGCUUAGAAAACCAGAAUAUUUUGGAUAAUAUGGAUAGAUUUAAAAAUUGAUUGUAAUUUAGAGUAAUACUUUCAAUCCACCUUCUCAUGCAGCCUAUAUUACAUAUCGUAAUGAACAGGAAGCAUCGAUGGCCAUACUAGUAAGCAUUUUUCAAUAACUUAUCGGCUUGUGAAGGAUAUCCUUUACAUGAUAGAUUGGUCAAAGCCUCUUUUGGAACCACCAAAUACUGUACCAAUUUCUUGAAAGGACAAUAAUGUAAAAUCAAAGAUUGUGUUUAUUUACACUAGCAUCCAAAAGACAAGGAAUCAACAUAAGUUAUUAAAAAAGUAAUGAUAUUCCUUUUUAUCAUCCUAGGAAGAAAUGAACAAUUCAAAAUGGUUAUUCUCUUAUUCUCAAAGAUUAGCUUAAAUUAAUUUCAAAAAAUUCUAUACCAAAAUUAAUUAUAAAGCUGCUCUUUAAAAAUCUAUCUUUCUGAAUACCCAAAAUAUACUAGAUCGAAUGAUAGCAUAUAAAAUAGUUGAUCGUCAUAUGGAAUAGCCUCAACAACAAUAAAUAAAUGAAGAGACUAUUUUAGUAUAAUUGUCUGAUAAAUAUGUUGAUACUAUUUCACCAUAAAAACCCUUAGAUAUGGAAAAGAGAUUGGAAAACAUAAUUCAAAAAAGUAUUUUUAGAAUAUUAUUUAGUGGAUGGAGAUAGUAAUUCUAGAUUCAAAUUUACAAAAAGUACAAAUAUUCCAGAAGAUUAAGAAGCUAUAAAUCAAUUAAAGUAGUUUAUUCUAAAAUGA